ACAUCAAAGUGGUCACAUGAAUGUCAUGUGACUGCGGUUUACGAUGGUUUCGUCACUGGGUAUCGUGAUAUCAGCGAUGUUUCUCUGUACUGUUUUUACGGGUCCGGCAUCAUGUGUGGACCUAAAGCGUGUAAUGCAACAAAUAUCAUCAUACCAGAGUGUUGCAGACCAAAUUAUUCAAAGAUCGGUGUAUGGGAAAUCCCAAAACCAGUCGUAUGAACGAUUAGCCAAUUUUGUUGACAAAUUCGGAAGUAGGUUGGUGGGUACUCAAAACCUCGAGAACUCAAUAGACUACAUGCUGAAUGUGUUGAAGGGAGACGGCCUAGAAAAUGUUCAUGGAGAAGAGGUAACGGUCCCUCGCUGGAUCAGAGGUAAUGAGUCGGCGACUAUGCUCCAACCCCGGGUACACCCCAUGGCUAUUCUUGGACUCGGAAGUAGCAUAGCGACACCUCCAGAAGGGAUAACGGCUGAAGUUCUUGUGGUGAAAUCAUUUGAUGAGCUUCAUAAGAAAGCAGAUUUAGCUAAAGGGAAGAUCAUUGCGUAUAAUCAAGACUGGGUGGAAUAUGGAAUUACUGUUGCGUAUCGCGAGAACGGCGCUGUGGAGGCUGCUAAAGUAGGUGGCGUAGCUUCCUUAAUACGAAGCGUGGCAUCAUUUUCCAUCUACAGCCCCCACACAGGGAUACAGGAAUAUAACGACAGUGUUACCAAGAUCCCAACAGCCUGCAUCACAGUUGAAGAUGCAGAAAUGAUGUACAGGAUGUCGCAGAGAGGGGAGAAGAUAGUCGUUAAUUUGAAAAUGGAGGCCAAAAAUCUGCCUCCUGUUAAAUCCCGUAACACAGUCGCAGAAAUCAUUGGCAGCAAAUACCCAGAAGAGAUUGUAUUGGUGAGCGGACAUUUGGAUAGCUGGGACGUCGGCCAGGGAGCGAUGGACGAUGGGGGCGGGGCGUUCAUCUCGUGGCAAGCUCUAUCCCUCAUCCGCCAGCUCGGACUCCGCCCUAAACGUACAAUGAGAAUGGUAAUGUGGACGGCAGAGGAACCCGGCCACGUUGGUGCAGUACAGUACUGGCAGAGACACAAGAACAACGUCAGCAACUACGAUCUUGUGAUGGAGUCGGACGGGGGUACCUUCACCCCCACGGGACUGGGAUUCAGUGGUAACAAAGCUGCAACUGUUAUCAUGCAGGGAGUGCUCAAUCUGCUUAAAUCUAUCAACGCAAGCACUUUGACAUCGCCAGCUGAUAGUGGGGAUGUUGCCAACUUCGUUACAGCCGGGGUGCCAGGGGGUAGUCUCAAUAAUAUGAAUGACAAGUACUUUUAUUUUCACCAUAGCAACGCCGACACAAUGACGGUUCAGGACCCACACGCGAUGGAUUUGUGUUCUGCAUUGUGGGCAGUUGUCAGCUACGUAGUAGCUGAUAUGGACCAAAUGUUACCUAGGGAUUAGGUUGUUUAACAAUAUGCUAAUAUAACAGAGUGUUACUUGCAUGGCAGGGAUACCACUGCUCCAUCAAACGUAUCUUUUAUGUUCAACAGUUGAAAAGGGUUUUGACCAAACUGAAUUAUUCUACCUUCGCCUUUAAGAACCACAUUUCCAACAUAAUUCAGAUAUAAUUAAAUCGGGAGGAAAUCUUUCAAAUAAGACAGUCAUCCUUGUGUGUGCGUACAGUAUCACUUUAACAUACAAAAUGAUACGUAUCUUCUGUUUUACCAUAUACCACUCACGUUAUGUUUUCAUUUGAAAAACACUUUGAAAUACCUCACUCACUCUAUAUGUUCGUUUUGACUUCUGGAUCUCAUCCUUUGAAGGAUUUGUUUUCACAAGUGUAUUUCUAUUUAGAUUUGUUUUCACAAGUGUAUUUCUAUUUAGAUUUUGACUCCACAUAUUUACAAAGGACUUUGUAGUAUGAUAUUAUUAUUUACAAUUCAGUUUACUAGCCUCUCCUUGUAGUCUAUAGUCUUACUUUGCGACAAGCUGUUUCCAUCCUGUCUUAAAUACAUGAACAGGCUGCCAUGUAUAUCAUGGUAAGUCAUUUACGCCGCAAUUAUUCAGUUAUUCCGAAUGAUACGGGGUCUUUAUUAUUUGGUUUAGUGUCAGCUAUAAGUAUCAGUUGAAAGUAUUUCUCUGUCAGUGAACCGUAUUAUGUACUGUCACGUGAUUCCCUGUGGUCACUACUUGUCAAGUGGUCGCGAUCAUAAAGCUAAAGUUGCCAUCUGUUAAUAUUGUUAAUUUAUUCCACGAGCUCCUGUGGUGGUUAUGCCCAUGUAUCUAGAUAACAUCUAUUUAAAGGAUACUUUGUGCAGAUAUAGAAGCCUGGGAACUGCCACUCACAGACACCUGCAAUGAAGACAUUCAGUUCGCACAUACAAAUGCCCGAAAGUAGCAGGAGGGAAUUUCUGCUGGGACACGUGUACAUGGUUUGUGUGUAGUGGAGGUGUUUGUACAUGAGAUGUCAGAGAGUCAGUGUAAUGUGUGUGUAUACAAUUAAUAUAUUGUAACAAAAGAAAGAAAUUCAUCAGUUCACUGUUUAGUAUUAUAUAUAUGUCAACAUAUUUUCUGAUUGAAAUAAAGUCUAUUUAUGUAAA